ACCCUGCUCCGCCCCCGGCUCCCCCCGCCCCGGCUCCGCGUCCGCACAGCGGCUCGGGGAGCGGCCAUGGCGCAGCAGCCGGGCCGGAGGCAGGAGCGGGCAGGUGACGUGGGUAGCCCGGACCCGGAGGAAGAAGGGGAGGAGGAUGUGGGGAACGCGGGCUCCAUGGAAGAAGACGAGAAAGAGCUGGACCUGACGGACCAGGAGAUGGAAGACCUGAGGGCCCAGAUGCUGCAGCUGCUGGAGGAGCUGGAGGAGACGCGGGAGCUGGCAGUGAAGCACGAGGAUGACUCGCUGGAGCUACAGGGCUUGUUGGAGGACGAGCGACUGGCCAGCGCCCGGCAAGCCGAGAUCUUCACCAAACAGAUCCAGAGGCUUCAAGCUCAGAUGCGCACACUGAAGGAUGAGUUCAGCUCCCUGCAGGAGACGAAGGCGUUGGAGCUGGAGCAGGUGGAGCGGGAGCUGCAGGAGGCCAACGAACAGAUCCACGGCCUGCAGCUGGAGGCAGAGGAGGAGGCGGCCAUCCACGAGAACGAGAUCGCUGCCCUGCAGGAGCAGCUGUGCCGGCUGCGAGCCGAGCUGCAGCGCGUCCAGCAGGUCCGCGAGGAGUACGAGACGGAGAUCACCACCCUGCGCGCCGAGAUCACGAUGAAGGGCAGUGGCCAGGUCCGGGCCGAGGGCCGCGCUGACGAGGUGGCUGCGCUCCAAGAGGAGCUGCUGGCCCUGCGGGAGCAGUACCAGGACCUGAUGGAGGAGCACCAGACCCUGCAAGAGAGCAACAAGAUCAUGGUGCACCAGCUGGAGAACCUGGAAGCCCAGAAGUACAGAUCCAGGAGCAGGUCGGAAGAGUCUCGCAAGUCGACGGAGUCGGACGUGACCCAUCCCCAGGUGCGCCGGACCCUCUCUCCCCGGCGCGCCAGCCCCCGCCUGAGCGGCAGCGUCUCCUUCAAGUCGGUGGACGACAUGAGAACCAUCAGCACCCCCAGCUGCAAGAAGGAGCCCCUGAGCCAGGCCGAGGAGUCCGACUCCGAGCUGAGCCUGCGCUUCCAGCUGCAGAGCGAGGAGGAGAAGGUGCAUCUGGCCCAGAGCAAGUGUGACAACAUGCAGACCGAGCUGCGGGAGCUGCAGCGGCAGUACCAGGCCAUCCAGCAGGAGCGCCAGCAGCUGCAGGAGGAGCUGAGGCUGUGCCGGGCGGAAAUCCAGAGACUCAAAGGCACCGUGCCCGCUGACGGGCGGGUCCCGGCCGGGGGGCUGAAGCCCGUCAUCCUCUUCGCAGUAGCUGCAGCCGUCUUGCUGCUGUACCCCUGCCUGAAGAGGUCCUGCACCAGCGCCGUGCCAGCCUGAGGAGCGCCACGCCCGGGCCGUGCCAGGCACCCAGCCCCCCCGCCCGCCCCCCACGGCCUGCUGCCCCCCCCCACGGCAGUCACCCCCCCGCCCCCGGUCAGUCACACCAUGGCAGCAGCUGCCCCCACGGGACUGGCUGUCUCCGUCCUUGGGGGCUCAGGGUCGGGGCGCUGCAUCCGUGGGGCAGGGAAGGGCGACUCGAGGAUGCUGCCCUGGGAGUGCGUGGGGGUGGGGGGUGGCUGGCAGAGGGAGGGGGUGGGCUGCAGGCUCCGUGGGAGAGUGAGGGGCAACCUGGAAAGCAGCCUCAGCCAUUCCUGGGGCCCCCGGCUCUGGGCUGGCUCCGGUCCCAUUGGAUCAUAGCACCAGCCGGGGGGGGCACGAGGGGUCCCGGCCAGCGACUCCCCAAACGGAACCUGUUCCGGUAGAGUCCCGCCCUGCCCCCAUCCCAGCCCCCGCCCUGAUCCCUCCAUCCCAACCCCCUGCACUGCCCCC